AGAGAAGCAGGGGUAUUACCGGCAGCAGCGGAGUGGAAGAAGAAGAGGCCAUCCCGUGAACGAGGGACACUCCUGUUGGGUGCGGGCAACUUCUCAUAUAACCUGAAAGAUUCAUUUUCUCCACAGGCGAAUUUCUUUUUUUUCUGUCUUUUCUUAUUUUUCUUUCAAAUUACUGUCAUUUGUGCGGGAGGCAACAGCCAAAGCGCCGGGCUGCGGGAGGAGAUGCGGUGAUAUCAUGAGCACAGCCGGCCAGGGGAGAGAGACAAGGGAGACAGAGCGAGAGAGAAAGCGAGAGAGGGAGAGAGAAAAGGAGGGAGGAAGGAAGAGGGAGGGACGGGAGUCUGCUACCACCACCAGGCCAGCUGAGGAUGCUUGUUGUUUCUAGAAGCAGGAUUAAUCACCGGGCCGAGCGCUGAUCUUGACGCCGGCACACCGAGCGCACCUCUCCUCUCAGCCGCGACCGUCCCGAACCGAGGGUCGCUUGUUCUCCCCCCGCCCCACGUCCCGUCUCGCCCGGUCUGGCCCCCGCGGCUGUUUGCCUUUUUUUUUCUUCUUCUUCUUCUUUUUUUUAAUGCUCUCCCCCCCUCCCCUCUCUCUCUCUUCCUCUAUUUCCUGAUGCAGGGCCGGGGAGGGGUGAGCCAAAGUGUGCACCGGAUAUUGGAAAACCCAUUCUUCUGGCUGAUGCUGUUGUGAUAAUAGAUUAUUAUCUGGACGACGCGCGGGCAUCUGCACGAGAGAGAGAGAGAGAGAAAAGGCAGUCUCCUGACCGAGAGAGAGAGGCCCGGCGAGAGAAGGGGAGACAAGAGAGAGAGAGAGGAGGGGAAUGUACGAGCCUGGGAAGGAUGGUGAAAACAUUUUUUGGACGGUAGCAGCAGCGAGGAGGAGGAGGAGGAGGAGGAGGGUGUGUGGAGGGGGGGUCCCUGAUAUCGAUCAGAGAAUGGAUUCAAUCAGGGGCAUUCUGACUCGGGAUAUUUGAGACCCUGCUCUUACAGGAAUCAAUCUGUGGCCAAUGCAGAGCCCGAAUGAGACCUCUCUCUUCUGCUCCACUUUUAGCCGGCUGCAUAAGCUAACACACCAAUUAGCUUUAAACUACUGUUAUUUAUAGCAAAAAGGUGGGGGUGGGCUCGGUGGGACUAUACCUCCUCCCAUCAUCACCGGUCAAAACCUCACGCGUCCUUCUUCUUCUUCUUCUUCUUCUUCUUCUUCUUCUUCUUUCCACUCUGAAUCAUGCUGCUUUCCGUGCCGCCCUGAAAGCGACGCGAAACCGAAGAAGAACAGCCCGGGUAAUACUUUAUUCUAGGCCUGUGCUGAGACGGUGGAAACCGGUUCUCACUCUCCCCGGCGCCGGAGCGGCUGGCCCGCAUGACAAACAAGUGCAUGGGAGUAGCCUGCAGGGCCCGGCGUUAGAAUCACGACCAGUCCUCCCAUCGCCUCCAGAGCCGCCCUGGGAUGUGCGGCGCUACGGCGUUACGCACAGGAGCCACCGCCGUCUUGAUCCGCCUCGCAGCGCGAGUGUAUAGAAUUUCAGGAUGAGCAGCAAGGAGCUGACAGUGGGCCCGUCCAACCAGUACGUGGGGCCCUACCGGCUGGAGAAGACCCUCGGGAAGGGACAGACAGGGCUGGUGAAGUUGGGCGUCCACUGCAUAACAGGACAGAAGGUGGCCAUCAAGAUUGUCAACAGAGAGAAACUCUCCGAAUCGGUCCUGAUGAAGGUGGAGAGAGAAAUAGCUAUUCUUAAACUAAUAGAGCACCCUCACGUUCUGAAGCUGCAUGAUGUCUAUGAGAAUAACAAAUACCUGUACUUGGUUUUGGAGCAUGUGUCCGGCGGAGAGUUAUUCGACUACCUGGUGAAGAAGGGCAGGCUGACCCCCAAAGAGGCCAGGAAGUUCUUCAGACAAAUCAUCUCCGCCCUCGACUUCUGCCACAGUCACUCCAUAUGUCACAGAGACCUGAAGCCAGAGAAUCUUCUAUUGGAUGAGAAGAAUAACAUCAGGAUAGCAGACUUCGGCAUGGCCUCACUACAAGUUGGGGACAGCCUGUUGGAAACCAGUUGUGGAUCCCCACAUUAUGCUUGCCCAGAGGUCAUAAGGGGAGAGAAGUAUGACGGUCGCAGAGCCGAUGUCUGGAGCUGUGGAGUCAUCCUCUUUGCUCUUCUGGUGGGUGCCUUGCCCUUUGACCAUGAUAACCUGCGCCAGCUUCUCGAGAAAGUGAAGAGUGGGGUGUUCCACAUGCCCCACUUUAUACCUCCUGAAUGUCAAGCUUUGCUUAAAGGAAUGAUAGAAGUCAACCCUGACAAGAGACUCACGCUAGAAUCAAUACAGAAACACCCCUGGUACCAGGGGGGCCGUAAUGAGCCUUGCCCAGAGCAGCCGGCGCCUCGCCGUGUGUGUGUGAAGAAGAUCCUGUCCUUAACAGACCUGGACCCUGAUGUCCUGGAAAGCAUGUACUCCUUAGGGUGCUUCAGAGACCGGGUCAAACUCACACAGGACCUUACAAGUGAGGAGGAGAACCAGGAGAAGAUGAUCUACUACCUCCUGUUGGACAGGAAGGAGCGAUACCCCAGCUGUGAAGAUGAGGAUCUGCCAGCCAGAAAUGACCUCGACCCCCCCAGGAAGCGAGUGGACUCCCCCAUGCUGACGCGUCAUGGUCGCUGUCGUCCAGAGAGGAAGAGCCUGGAGGUCCUCAGUGUCACAGAGGGGGGGUCUCCCACCCCGCCUCGCAGGGCCCUGGACACUAAUGCACACAGUCAGAGGUCUCGUUCAGUCAGUGGAGCGUCCACAGGUCUGUCCUCCAGUCCUCUCAGCAGUCCCAGGAGCCCGGUCUUCACUUUCAGCCAAUCAGAAGUCGCCUCCGCUUCCUCCUCCAAAGACCCCAAACCAGGAAGCGCCACCACGCCUCGGCCCACCCGCCCACCACCCGACCCAAAAACACAGACCCUGCCCUCAAAGGGCCAGGCCGACCGGCCCCCACUCCACUCCAUGAAGUCCCUCCCCCUCCACACCCCACGCUCCCCUUCCCCGUCCCCCUCUCCACUCCUCUCCCCCAUCCCACGCUUCUUCAACUUCCCCUCUCCAUCCGUCUUCAAGUCCAAGAACGUCCACUCGUCCUCUAACUCCUCUGCCGCCCCUCCCCCUGUGUCGCAGGUCACGCCGCAGGGCUCGCCGCUGCCCACACCGCUGGGCACGCCCGUGCACCAAAUCCACCACCCUUCCUCUACCACCCCUCCCUCCUCCUCCUCCUCGUCCUCUUCUUCCAGGGCGGAUGGGGCCGGCGGGGCCUCGCUGUCGCUGACGCCGCCCUCCAGCCCGGGCGGCAGCGGCGGUCUGGCCGCCUCCAGCUCCGCCCACUGGAGAACAAGGCUCAACUCGUUCAAAAACAACCUCCUGGGCUCGCCGCGCUUCCAUCGGCGCAAACUGCAAGUCCCCACGUCAGAGGACAUGUCCAGUUUGACUCCCGAGUCCAGUCCAGAACUGGCUAAGAAGUCCUGGUUCGGUAACUUCAUCAGCCUGGAGAAAGAGGAGCAGAUCUUCGUGAUGAUUCAAGACAAGCCGCUCAGCUCCAUCAAGGCUGACAUCGUCCAUGCCUUCCUCUCAAUCCCAUCCCUCAGCCACAGCGUGGUGUCUCAGAACAGUUUCCGGGCAGAGUACAAGUCCUCCGGGGGCCCCUCUGUCUUCCAGAAGCCUGUCAAGUUCCAAGUGGACAUUGCUUUCUCCGAGGGGGAGAGGGAGCGAGAGAGAGAACGAGUGGAGAGGGAGGGAAGACGAGAGAUGGGCAUCUACAGCGUCACCUUCACUCUAAUAACAGGUCCCAGUCGCAGAUUCAAGAGAGUGGUGGAAACGAUUCAGGCUCAGCUCCUGAGUACUCACGAUCAGCAUUCUGUGCAGGCACUGGCUGGCCCCUCAGACGAGAAGAACGGACAGCUCUCCCGCCAGCCCAGCACCCCUUCGCGUCAGAACUCCCGGCGUUCCGAGAGCGGUUCCGAGCGGGAGCGGGGAGAGAAGGAGCGUACGGCGGACGCUGGGGGCGGCAGCGGUGGCACCUUGCAGAGGCGGGGCUCGGGGAAGGACAAGACCAGACUCCUCUCGUCGUCCAACGGGACGCAGUCCCAUCCCUGAAAGGAAUGUCGUGUGGAAGAGAGGGCGAGGGUCAUCUGCCUGGCCUUUUUUUUCUCUUCCUUCCCUCAGCCCUUCCCACAUUCUUUCCUUCCCUAUUUCCUUACCUCCUGCCUUGCUUCCUACCAUUAUUCCAAAGCGACGGGACGGAGGACGGGGAAAGUUCUACCUUGAAGCUGAUCCGGGGGGGAUACGAAGGAGAUAUCCCCCCCGCAAAUGACAGAUUUUUUUGCAGAAAUGCGUACAUGUGGGGGGUGGUGGAGGCAGGUUGAGCUGAUCUCUAAUCAGCCUUCAAGGGCAGCUUCACCCCGGAAAGGGGGGACGGGGGGGACGACAAGCCCGAAGACAGGAUGUCCCACCUGACCGGAGAAAUGCAGGAAAAAGCUCCCAGCCAGGGAAAGACGUUGUCCGCCCGUUUUAACGAAUCAAGAAAGCACAUGACCUUCCCAUCACGCAACACGGGAAUCAAAACCGACAGGAAACCUCCGCCGGGUAGUCGAAAUGGCGCAGGAAGACACCGGCCAAUGACAGAGCCCACAUCACAUCGAUCAUCACCCUCAACACCACCUGACCACACGUGUUGAGUCACACGACCAGGAAAACCCGCUCUCUCCUCUUCUCCUCGCUCUCUCUGACUGAAGACAAACGUGUGUUCUCAAAGCAAAGCAACAAAAAGAGGACAUCUUUUCGAGAAAGCAUCAAAGGAGUCUUGAUGUAGACUGGAUUGUUAAUGUCGUUACUUUAACAAUCAAGGCGUCCUGAGUGCAGAGAAGGAAAUGACGGAGAGAAAAGAUUUGACGCGGUCUACGUGGCGUUAGUCCGACGCGAGACAGACAAAGACGCUUUUUCCUCGAGUGUUUUGAGAAGCAUGAAUCCCAUAAAUUAUUUCCCGAAUUACACUGAUGAAGCUAUGAUACCGUGUUGCCUUUAAUGGAGGAGAGAAUAGUGGAUAGCUAGUUAGAUUUAGCCCCAUUUUGAGGACACUAGUCACACCACAGGUAGAAUGUCUCGGAGGACGGGGGAGCUGAGUAGAUAGAUGGAGACUAAACAGAGGAGAGCUAGCAACAGGUAUCCGUUUGGUAGCAGAGGAAGGACAAAAAGAAAAAAAAUAGCUUAAGCUAACGUAGAGAUGACAGUGAAACUCUUCACUCUUCAAGUCCAUGAAAUUACAGUAAUUGAAGGUGAUUGAAAAGUGGAAUUAGAGUAGAAAGGCCUGUCAAACAGGACAUCCAGGCUUUUUAGACCCACAAUUAGGCAACUAAAAGCCCUUCCUAUGUUCCUUUACGUUUGACAACGGAUGCAGGAGGACGCAGGGCAACGCCUAAGCCCCAAACUGAAGCUUCUGUCUGCCUCUCUGAAAGGAGUGGCAGGCGGAGAUGAACAAAUGUGCUUUUUCACAAGUGGGAAAAGUAGAUUCCAAGACAGACAAAAGAACUCUGGCGUGUCUGUUGUCAUAAAAACACUGCGCAAAUACUGCCUGGAGUGGGGGGGGGGGGGGGGACGCCACACCUAAAGAAUGAAAUCUGUCUUGUUUUAUUUUUGACUUUCCAUACCUUCUCUUUUUUUCUACUCUCCUGUCUUUCUCUGUGUCUUUUUGUUGUUGUUGUUGUUGUUGAAGGUGUUUUCGUGUUUGCCACCAGCAAAGUAGAGGGCGGCACCAACCAUGUGAAUGUCAAAAACUCUUUUGAAAUGAUUCCAAGAGUGUAAACAUAUUUUUUUCAUAUAUUUAUUGAAAAUGUAUUUAUUUAUUUAUUUUUAUUCAUUUGUAUUUGUUGGAAGUGUGAUUUGUUUUUUGUUUUUUCAUGAAUGGAAAAAAACAGGAGAUGGGUUAGGACAGGGAAAUGUCACUUUCAAGAUGAAAACCAGUUUUCCCUGAGAAAACACUGAAAAGCAACGUUCCUUUUUUAUUUUUAACAUUUUAAAAAAUGUGAUGCUGCAAAAAUACCUUCCAGCUUAACAUCGUGUCUUUACCUGCUUUUGUUUUGUUCAUUUAGUAGCCUAUCGUUGGCUGCUAUAGCUGUUCACAUUCCUACGACACUAGACAAAUAUUUCACACACACACACACACACACACACACAGUUAGAGAUAAGCUCCAUGUGGAGGAUUUUUUAACAUUUAGACAAAAGGCUCCAACCACCGGAUAUGUAUCAGUCACUCCUUCAGGCUUUUGACCUGUUCAUUUUGUUUUGGCACGCCCAAGGGAGCGCUGAGCUACUGAACUUGUUCGAAAAUUAGAUCAAAGAUGCCUGGGUUUGCGCGUACGUACGAAACACACGUGGCGUGGCUCUUUGGAUGGCAAUGCUUACUUAUGAACCGAACCGAUUUACGGCAAGUCGCAGCUCUCUAAGGUGAGGUUUUGCUGUGACGACAAAAACAAGCAGCAAUAUUAGCAACUUGAUGCGUCAUCCCCACACUCUUGACUGAGUGUUGGAAAGCGCAUAGCUAACGCCAGACGAGUGACAACUUUGAUUGGCUUAUUUUUCCUGUAAACAAGUGUAGCAUUUAAGCAUGGUGGAUUUAACAAUCUAGCUACAGUAGCUAACUAGCGGACAGCUGGCUUGUUAGCUAGCUUGCUAAUUUCAUCAUGCUUUAAUGCUAUACUGGUUACAGGAAAUAAGCCGAACAGUAGGCUGGUGGCCAGCGGUCCCUCCGCCUCACUACCGGCCUCUCUGGAGAAGGACAAUCUACUGUAGCUAGCUAACCAGCCAGCCAUCCGUUUCCCCAGAGCUACGUCCACUCUCUUCCCAGUGAGCUGCAACCACAUUAAUAACCAAGACCACUAAAAACAAUCGCCAUUUUCUUUUGUACCAGUCAAAUGACCACGGAAAAACAACUCAAUGUCUGUUCUACUCCUAUUCCAUAUCUGUGGAAAUAUUGCAAUUCAUGAUCCCCAGAGGAUGAACCUCAAUAGUGAUCCACCAACCUUUCAUCUAACACAAUCAUCAGGUCAAAAUUCUGAUGUGUCCAAUAAUUUGGUUUAUGACAAAAUACCUUCAAAACAUUACAUUCUCACCAGCCUCAGCUGUACUUUGUGUUCACGGGUAACUAGCAAACGUUAGCAGGCUAACAAGCAAAACUAAGAGGGUGAGCACGGCAAACAUGAUACCUGCUAAACAUCCGUUAGCAUUUAGCUCUGUGCCUAAGUACAGCCUGAGCAUGGCUGCUGACUCUUAGUCUUGUUCUGAAUGCUAGAUAAUUAAAUCUGCAAACAGAGACAGUGACUGCAAACACAAAUGUAUUUUAUAGUCAUAUUUAUUACCUGUGAAACGCUGUGUUUAUUCCUGCUAAUUAACACUUCACUGAAACCAUUUCACAUCCCUUAUUGACUUUCAAUAGUCUCCUCACACUCUGCACGCUAAACUGAAACUGCCAGAUAACUUCUGGAAAAACUGGAAAAUGUGGUUAGCAACUGUUUGACAUCCAAGACAUCCAUCCAACACCGUAGCUGAACUUUGUCCUAGCUGGCAAGUGGUAGAGGACAAGUGGAACAUUUGUUUGAGUUCUGAGUUUAAAGUCAGAAUUCUGAGAAUAAACUCAGAACUCAAAUCAUUUCUUUUCACUUGUGGCCCUAAUCUCAUUCCGUGGAAAAGUGCAUAGUAGCCACAGGUCUUAGCAUGGUUUCGGAAUAAUUUUAGAAAGCUUCGGAAAAACUAUUGGCUUGGUGGUUGCAGUAGAUUUGA